GCCAAAGCCUGCCUCGCCAUGCGGUCGGACCAGAUUCGCGGACAUCACAACCGUCAGCGCUCAGCGGCGGUAUUGAUACCCAUCGACCUCCUAUAAAGCCCCUCAUCGCUGUUGCCAGUGACCAACAGCACCAUCUCUUCUACGUUCACGCAGGUACAGAUCACAGAAUGACGACCGCCGCCGUCGCACAGCUCCAGGCAGAGGUUAAACGCCUCCAACAUGAGCUCUCCACAGUCAAGGCGCACGAGCAGGCUCCCGCCAACAGCGAGCAGAUCUAUGUCGGGCAGUACCUUGUCGAGCGAUUGGUGCAGCUUGGUGUCACUAAAAUGUUUGGAGUGCCGGGAGAUUUCAACCUCGGAUUUCUCGACUUCGUAGAGGACCACCCGAAGAUAGAUUGGGUUGGCAACUGCAACGAGCUGAACGCCGGGUAUGCCGCCGAUGGCUAUGCACGAGUGAAGGAGACCAGCAUGGGUGUGAUCACUACGACCUUCGGCGUCGGAGAGCUCAGCGCGACCAAUGCUAUUGCCGGAGCAUUCUCCGAGCAUGUUCCGGUCCUUCACAUCGUCGGUGUGCCGAGUACUUUGCAGCAGAAGAAUAAACCAAUGCUUCACCAUACUCUCGGUGAUGGACGAUAUGAUGCAUACUUCCGCGCCGCACAGCAGUUCACCAUUGCCGCAACAAGCCUCGAGUCCAAACAGACGGCUGCUGCCGAGAUCGAUCGUGUCUUGACUGAAUGCAUCGUCCACGCCCGCCCCGUGUACCUCAUGCUUCCGACCGAUCUCGCAUACGAGCGCAUUCCUGCGUAUCGUUUGAAGACGCCUCUCAGUGCCGAGCCACCCGCAAACGAUCCUGAUGUUGAAGCAUUCGCACUCGAUGAGAUCGUCAGGCUGGUUGAAGAGGCUGGUCAGGAUGUCAUCAUCCUUGUUGACGCCUGUGCGAUCAGACACAACGUGAAGAAGGAAGUUGCUGAGCUGGUCAAGCGGACGGGGUUCCCUGCAUACGCUGCGCCGAUGGGUAAGACUGCUAUCGACGAGCAGUAUGAGCGAUAUGGAGGAAUCUAUGUCGGUUCCAUCAGCCACCCAAAGAUCAAGGAAAAGGUCGAGAAUGCGAAGCUUAUCCUCUCUAUCGGUGCGCUCAAGAGCGACUUCAACACUGGUAACUUUACAUACCAUAUCCCUGCUAACCGGACCAUCGAGCUGCACUCCACGAGCGCUACGGUGCAGUUUGCUGAGUUCCCAGGCAUUGGCAUGAAGCGUCUUCUGCCUAAGCUUACUGAACGGUUGCACCCCAUGAAGCAGGGCGCUCUAUCGCUCCAGGUGCCGCAUUUCAAGUACCCUUGUCCGAAGGAGGACAAUGAAGAUAUUACGCAGUCUUGGCUGUGGCCGCGGAUGGGUGAAUUCUUCCGUCCGAAGGAUAUCAUCGUUGCAGAGACGGGCACGUCCAGCUUUGGUGUGCUCGAGGUGCCGUUCCCGUCGGAUGCGAUGUUCGUUAGCCAGAUCCUAUGGGGUUCGAUCGGGUGGACGAUCGGUGCGACGCUGGGCUGUGCCCUCGCGGCACAAGACGCGGGCUACAAGAGGACGAUCCUCUUCGUUGGUGAUGGCAGUCUGCAACUCACUGUGCAAGAGCUGUCCGUGAUGAUACGCUCGCACGUGAAGCCGAUCAUUUUCGUGCUCAAUAACAGCGGGUACACGAUCGAGAGGUACCUGCACGGUAUGGAGCGCAAGUACAACGACAUCUCGGACUGGAAAUGGACGAAGCUGCUCGAAACCCUUGGUGGUCAGGAGGGCAAGACCUCUCAGUCAUACAAGGUCUCCACAAAGACGGAGCUGUCGAAGCUGCUGGACGACCCGAAGUUCGCCGCGGCGGAGAAGAUUCAGCUUGUUGAGAUGACUAUGGACCCGCGCGAUGCGCCGCGGGCCCUGAAGCGCCAGGCCGAGCUCAGCGGCAAGACUAAUGCUUACGUCGCGGAGUUGCCAGAGGGGAAGGGUUUGGGCGAGGCUGUCUAAGGCGAAAGUUGUGUGACGAUGCAGAAUAGAGUUCAGAAGUGUAAAUGCAGACCGUAGCAAGAGCAUCGGGCUUUGUGGUCAUGUACGUUGUACGCUUACUACCAAGUGAAAGGCUUUUAUCAUGUCUACGGUUGGGCGUAAAUAUUCGGAUUCUUGCCGUGCUCGUGAGCUCC